AUGAUGGCCAACGACUACAGCCGUUUUAAUGCAGAACCCAUCAUGCUCUGCCAUUCUUCGUCGCUGGCGGCUGGAGAUACCAAGCUGAUGAUGGAUACUUGUGAGUCGCAGCACUAUAGCAGCGACGACGAUGAACCAGUCGUAGUAAAACAGACGCUCGACCCCGAACAGAAAAAGUACGAAUUCCCCCCACGCUCACUGCUCCGGGAACUCUCGUAUCUCGACGACGAAGAAUUUGAUUCCUUCUUUGACGAAUCCUCCUUCUCCACAUCCGAAUCCGACUAUUACCACUAUCAUCACCACCACCCUGCCCGUGGCAGUCUGCCCUCUUCCAGCAGCAGCUACAUGAUUGACGACUACGAAGACUACGACGACGAUGACAAUGUGCAUCAGCAGCAGCAACAACAACAACAAGACCUCUUGGUCGACGACAGUCGUCUGUCGCCCCUCCAGCUACCUGCACGAGCCAGCUGCUCUCCUCGACUACGACGACAACGGCAAAGGACCCGCGAAUUAUCGUGUGACUCUACCGCCACGGUCACUCUGAACCCUCACCAAUCCACCGAUCCAGUCGUAGGCCCGUCAUCCUUCUUAAAGCAGCAGGCGUCAUGCAACAAGAAUGGAAGAGACGAUCUUGGAUUCCCCAAAAAUCGGGUUACGCAAACAAGAGGGAUAUCGCCAUACCAAGGCUUGGACCGUCAACAAGUUCUGUCACGGCUUGAUUCUGAAGACGAACUUGACUUGCCAGUAUUCCGUAAUGAAUCCGAACCUGUAAUGGACGAUCUUAGCGACACCGACAGCGAUGACAUUCAGUGCAACAACAAUUCAAAGAUUGUCUUGAUCAAACUCAACAAUAACUACAGCAGCUACACCAAAAACAAAAUUAGACAGCAACCGCUUAUUUCCAGCAACAACAAGACCAACGAUCGUCAUUGCUAUAGCAGCGCCAGCAGCUACCAUAUCAGCGACGAAGGGUACGAAGAAGACUACGACGACGAGCCUCCCAUCGAAAGCGUCUCGGUAUUCCUGCCCCUAUCCGACCCAGAACAGGAGCAUAUGGUGGAUCGGGAUACGCUCCGGAACGCCGCGGCGACGCGCAUUCAAGCAGCUUGGCGUGGCUAUCGAACACGAAAAAACCUUCAACAACCAUCGCAGGGCGGAUUAAACCCGGCGCAACGCAUCGUCAUUGACCUUGCCCGUCUCUGCAGCAAUAUGCAUCACCGUCAAAUGGGACGCAUGAACCGGCGUAUGGGCGAGUUAGAACAACGUAUCCGAGAAGAACAAGCGAUGCGGAUGGCGUUUGAAAAGGCCAUGGAAGACAUGACCAUCUUGAUUGACCAACAGCAAAAGGUGCUUUCCGAUCGCAUUGAUGGCGAGAUUGCUAUGCGCGACAGCUAUGAGCGCAAGAUGGCUCAGGCAGAAUCUAGAUUGAAAAAGGAAGCCAAGGCUCGGAUCGAUCUCGAGCGUUCCAUGUCCCAGGUGCUGGAACAAGUGCAGGACAUGCAGCUGACGCAGCAGCAGCAGCUCAAGGAGGAUGCAGACGCGAAAAAGACGAUGCGCCGCAAACUCGAUGAAGCUCUUUAUGAAAUUUCAAUCCUCAAACGUCAAAAACAACCACAAGCAUUAUCAUCCACCCAACAACAACAACAGCAGCAUAACAUCAAAAAGAACAAGGUAGCAGCAGCAGCAGCAGCAGCCUCGACGGCAGCAGUUGCAACAGCAAUCAACAACAAUAAUAAUAAUAAUAAUAAUAAAUCAUCAUCAGCAUCAUCCACAACAGCAUCUUCAUCAACUACAUCUUCAUCAUCUUCAUUCAAACCCACAAAAGCAUCCUCUGCAUCAUCUGCUUCUCGUAAUACUACUACUACUACUACUACUUCUACUGUCACUAAAAAACCUACCACCACCACCACCACCGCUCGCCGUACGAUUGUCCCUUCCUCGCAUCGCCCUUCAUCCCAAGUCACCCCGGUUUCUCGACCCGUUAGCCGCAUGGAUUCCAUCAACAACAAACGCCCUACUGCAGUUCCCCGUACUGCCACUACCUCCUCCCGACAACAACAAUCAAGACAUCAACCAUCAUCCACCGCAACGACACGACGAUCGACUGCCCAACAACAACAACAACAACAACGAAGGUGA